GAACACUUUUUAUUUAAAUUCCCAAAAAACAAAGAUUUAAUAGGAGCAAAAAAAAGACCCCAAAAAACAAAACAUUGAAGGGUCAGAAACAUAUGAACCAACGGAGUUGGCGGUCCGGCUUUGCUUCUUUGCCUUGUAAACUACAGUGUUUCCUGCCUUUGUUUCCUCGUCCACUCUCUUUAUUAUUAUACCAACUAGUCUUUCUUGAUCCCCAUUGCUCAAAGUUUCUUGCUUUUUCUACUUUCCCUUUAUAAUUUGGUUUGCGAAAGGCUAAAGAUCCCAAAUUGAUGGAUGAGUAUUGAUAUAUAGGUCUUUUGAGAUAGUAAAGUUUUGAUCUUUUUGGUGUGAAUAUGUGGAGGAGUUGUGGGUGGAGAGUGGUCAAGGAUUUGGUGCACCAUGGAAGACCCAGAAGCCAAAACCCAUGUGGUGUGUUGGGUUUGAGGCGUUUUGGGAAUGAGGAACAAUGUGGGGUUUUGGAUUCUGGUUGGAAUUUUCAGAGGAGGGCUGGGUUUGCUGCUGCUGGUGGGGGUGGUGAUGGUGAGGGUGAGAAGAUGAGUAAAGGUGCAGGUGGGGGAGGACUGCCUAUUAGUUUUGGGGAGGCAAAGAGGCUGAUGAGGCUUGUGAAUGUGGAGGCUUUGAAGACCAAGCUUGGGACUGAAGGGAAAGAGGCUAUUCCUUAUAAUGAUUUGCUUGAGGCUUGUCAGAGCAUUGGUGUGGCUAGAUCUAAGGAGGAGGCUGCUGCUUUUGCUAGGGUGUUGGAUGAGGCUGGAGUCAUUCUUCUCUUCAGGGAUAAGGUUCUGCUUCAUCCUGAUAGGGUUGUGGAUCUGGUUAGAAAAGCAGUACCCCUUGCCCUGACUCCUGAUAAUGACCCUGUGUGGGAAGAGUUAAAGAAGAUGCAAGAGAAGAAGAUUGAAAUUGAUAUCUUGGCACAUAAGCAUGUCCGGCGUGUACUCUGGGGUGGCCUGGGGUUGAUCACAUCACAGCUCGCCCUCUUUUUCAGGAUGACAUAUUGGGACUUCUCAUGGGAUGUCGUGGAGCCACUUGCGUAUUUCACCACAACGACUUGCAUUGGCAUAGGCUAUGCGUACUUUUUGGUUACUUCAAGAGAUCCGACUUACCAAGACUUGAUGAAGAAGCUUUUUCUCAGGAAGCAGAGGAAACUGAUUAAGAAACAUAACUUUGAUGUUGAGAGAUUCAGGGAGAUACAGAGAAAAUACGACACAACUCUACACGCCAGCACCUCAAUCAAGAAUCGGUAUGGCAUGGAUGUGGAGCUGGACGAUGCUUUACAUAGAGAUUAACACACUACAGAAUCUUACAUUUUGGUGAGAGCUGGGAAAUUGCAGGAGGUUAAACUCAGCUUUAUGUUUGUUACAGAUCUGGUCUCACUUGUUUUUUGUCUAGGUAGGGCCCAGAAUUUGAUCUUAACAUAUUGUUUCUGACCUACCUUCCAAUUUUUAGGCAUGCAAAUUCAUUUCAUGCAGCUCCUACUUUUAACUAGGAAACUUGCGAUGGAUACUAUCCAUUGUAUUCUUGAAUCUUUGGUUACUGCUUAAUGCUGACUGCAUCAGACUUUUAUUACUCAU